AUGGCCUCCAAGGGAAGCAUCUCGCCAAAGCCAAAUGAUAUCGAUACGCACUCGCUGGUUUUGCAGGAGUUGGAACCUUCACCAGUACAGGACGAGUUCCCCGACCUUGAAGCUGGCGAGUACAUUCCUAAAGCUCAAGACCUGCCUUCCAAACUCUCCGCACUUCAGAAAUACUCGACAUACCCCCCAACUUUGUUUUUUGCGCUGCAUUUCGCCAACACCUCUCUUUUCCCUCUAGCGACUCGAUCAGUUCCAGACAGUGAAACGUAUCUGCUUCUCACAAGACCUAUCUACCAGUCUCCGGGGCUGGAGCAUGUAAUCCUAACUGUCCCCCUCCUUGUCCAUAUCGCAUCUGGCAUUGUUCUCCGGAGUAUCCGUUCUACUCGUCGGGCACGACUAUACGGGGCGGAGACUAGGUCUCAGAGAUCCUCAUUGACUUUCUGGCCGCGAAUGAGCUGGCAAGCGCGCCUAGGAUAUUCUCUUGUUCCGCUUCUUGGUACUCAUGUCCUUGUCAACCGUGCGACGCCGUUGAUUGUUGAUGGAGGGAGCUCAGGAGUCGGUCUGGGUUAUGUGGCUCAUGGGAUUGCGCGCAGCCCUGUAUUUUGGAAUAUAUAUUAUGUUUUCUUUGUCGCUGUCGGGACGUGGCAUGUCAUUGGAGGAUGGGCUGCUUGGAUGGGUUGGAGAGUUACCACGGCUCGGAGGGAGCGAGGCAAUAAGAAAGAUCACAUUGAAGGUUACCUGGGCUUUAUUCUCUUGGACACUCAUCAUAUCUCAACACUUCGGUCGGCUUUUCACUCGAUACGCACUGAUGUUCUGACCUUUUCUCGGUGUAAGAACCCUCAGCCUUCUUCCGGCGGUUUAUCCUCUGUACAGUAUUGUUUUGCACGGUCUUCAAUCAUGGAGACAAUACCAGCGCAUGGUGUCUCUGAUCAACUCGUUCAGUAUGAGGGUAAGGAAUACCAUGCGGUGAAGGAAGGGAAUGCGUUCAUUUUGAACCCACCUUCCCAGGCUGCAGCCGCCAAAGGAACACGAAGAGACCUUAAGGCGAAGGAUGAGGCCCAGUCGGUAUUCUACAAUCCUAUCCAACAGUUCAAUCGAGAUCUGAGUGUGCUCGCCAUCAAAGCAUAUGGGGAACACGUAUUGGCUUUGAAGAAGCAGAGAGCCCAAAAGAAACAGAAAAGGGGCGCGGUAGCUGAAAAGGCAAAGGGCAAAAAACGAAAGAGAGAGGAUGGCGACGAAGAAGAAGAACCAAAUGGUAAGGGAAGCAAUCCCGACUGCCAAGCACGAAAUGGUGAUCAGCCGGUCUCAGGAUCGCUGCCGGAACAAAACACUACGCCUUCAUUUACAAUUCUUGACGCUCUGUCUGCCACUGGUUUGCGUGCAUUACGCUAUGCAUCAGAGAUUCCGUUUGUCACUUGUGUUGUUGCAAAUGAUCUAUCGCCCUCCGCUAUCCAAUCGAUGAAGUUGAACAUUGAAUACAACGGACUCGAAAAGCUCAUUCAACCUAACACCGGCGACGCGCGAACUUAUAUGUACAGUACUCUUCACCCAGCUAGUACCCAGAGUAGUGGACAACACACUGGGAAGUUUGACGUCAUUGAUUUGGAUCCCUACGGGACGGCUGCACCGUUCAUGGACUCCGCUGUACAGGCCGUGAAGGACGGGGGUUUGCUGUGUGUGACCUGUACCGAUGCCGGUGUUUGGGCAUCGAACGGAUACCCCGAGAAAUCAUUUGCAUUGUAUGGCGGUGUGUCUAUGAAAGGUACACACUGCCACGAAGGUGGACUACGUCUAAUCCUUCAUUCCCUCGCAGCGUCAGCUGCAAAAUACGGGCUGGCUAUCGAGCCACUCUUAUCUUUGUCAAUCGAUUUUUACGGCCGAGUCUUUGUCCGUGUUCACCGAUCACCAGCUGAAGUUAAGUUUGUUUCAGGCAAUACAAUGAUUGUCUACAACUGUGAUUCGGGCUGUGGAGCUUGGCUAGAUAAAAAAGGAAAUCCUUUCUACCAUUACGGAUUUGCCCAGGGACCAGUGGCAAACACGACCUGCGGCCCCAUGUGGGCGGGUCCACUUCAUAAUCCUCACUUUAUACAAAAGAUCCUUGAUAUGCUUCCUACGACAGAUAGGAGCAUAUACCAAACGGUGGACAGGCUCGAAGGCAUGCUGACCACAGCGCUUGAGGAGGAUUUGAGCCUCUCGGAUUCUUCACGGAGUGGCAGCCCUGAAUCUACCUUGCCCGGGACCAAAGCUGUUGCGCCAAGUGGAGAUUCUGCUAUCAUUCCGCGGAUUGAUCCGGCUCUUAGAGAACCAUAUCCAUUCUAUUUUAGCUUGAGCGCUCUCUCGAAAGUCCUUCAUACAUCCACUAUUUCCGCUGACGCUUUCCGCGGAGCCGUGCGGCACUUGGGUUAUAAGUGCACUCGUAGUCACACCAAGCCCAAUACUAUCCGCACCGAUGCACCUUGGGAUGUAAUCUGGGAGAUCAUGAGGGAGUGGGUGAGGCAGAAGUCCCCAAUCAAAGAGAAAGCUCUUAAGCCUGGUACUGCCGGCGCUGCUAUUAUGGCGAAAAGCCGGGAAAAUCUUCAGCAGCUGGAGGAAGGUGACCGACAGUUAGAUUCGCUGAAGAAAGAGAUCUUGUCUGCUGCUGAGAAUGGCAAGGAUAUCUCCGACGUAGUGACAAAAGUCGAAGCCGCGCUGUACCGUUCCGGCUUCCGGCAGGCCUUGGGCCAAAGCGAAUCAAAUGUUCAAGCGAACUCGCAGAACUCAAACCCAGCCCUUGGGACAUCUACCUCGAAAUGUCACCCUAGCACACUGAAUGUGGUUUUCGAUGAAUCUCUAGGUAGAGAGGUGGCCAACAAACGACUUGUCAGGUAUCAACUCAACCCUCGGGCUAAUUGGGGUCCACUGAGUCGAGCGUCGGGGCGUGGAUAG